UGAGCUGUGAACCACAGAUCUGUUAAAGCAUGUGAUGUAUGUAGAUAUGAAACUCCCAUUUGAUCUCAUUCAGCAAACACAACCAGACAGAAAAAUACCCUCUUGACCUCCUACAGCAAAUCUAUAUCUGUUGAUGAGUGAGACGCAAUGUGGAUUAUACUUUUUACCACAACAACCUUCUGUUUUUCUAUGUCCCGAGCUGGUGACUUUUGUGAAAAUGUUCUUAAAGAAUGCCGAGACAGUGACCCGUCAUGGAUAGGUUGUUACGAGGAUCGAAUUAUGACCUGCAAGCCAAGAGGCCGCUCCAUGACAGGCAUCAAACAACUCAAAGUAGACUCACUUCAAGAGGUUGAUGUGAGUCCUACAUUUGAACAUAGAGUUCAGAUCCCAUCAUCAGCUCUACAAGAAAGCAUAGGAAAUGUGUCUGAGGUGGAUGUCCUGGUGGUGGCCUCUGUAAUAAACAGCAGUUAUUUUAAGCUGAGUCCUCCCCAAAGAAGUAGGACACCACAAAUUCAUCGCAGAAAUGGCAAAGUAUUUAGGGACUCAGCCGUAUGUGUGCGGGCAGGAAACCGUGCAGUCGAGAAUCUCUUACAACCCAUCACGUUAACCUUCAAACACAACAAAGAGGUUGAAAGUGGAACGUGUGUAUUUUGGAAGGAAACAUCAGCAAAGGAUGGAACAGGUUACUGGAGCAAUGAAGGCUGUGACACAAAUUACACGGCACAUGAAUUUAUUUGCAGCUGCAACCAUCUGAGCUUCUUUGCUGUGCUUGUGAAUCCAGGAAUAUCGGUGACAAAAGCUGAUGCCGACAAACUAAACUACAUCACUUACAUUGGAUCAGGACUCUCCGCCCCCUUCGCACUGAUCAGUUUGUUCAUCUAUAUUUAUCUACAUCGGCGGCAUCCUGAGAAAUCCAUAAGUCUGCACAUGCAGCUAACAGUGGCGAUGUUCUGCCUCCAUCUCACCUUCCUGCUGUCCAGCCUCCUGGCACAACUACUGAAGGAAAAAGAGGACGGCUCAUCUUGCCUGGUACUGGGUCUGGUUUUACACUGGUCCCUUCUGGCCACCAUGACCUGGAGUGCUCUGGAGGGGUUCCACCUCUACCUUCUGCUCAUCCGGGUCUUUAACAUCUAUGUGAGGAGGUACCUGCUCAAACUCAGCCUGAUUGGAUGGGGUUUUCCUACACUGGUUGCAGCUGUUUGUGGGAUUUCACGUGUUUAUGGCAAAUACACUCUGAAAUACAGCAACAGCAAUUUAACACAACACAUGUGCUGGAUGAGCAACGAGUCUGAACAAAAGCUUCUCGUAGUCAGCUACAUCACUACCGUGGCCUUUCCUUUCUUGGUGGUUGUGUUCAAUGCCUGCAUGCUGGGGCUGGUGGUGUUUAAGAUGUUGGAGCUAAGAAGGGGUGAUAGAAGCUUUGGAAGCAGCAGUGACUGGAAGAAGAUAAACAAAGAGAGAAAGAAGAGGUUAUGGAAGGACUGUGUCACAGUGCUGGGCCUCAGCUGUGUGCUUGGGUUACCUUGGGGGUUAGCCAGCACUACAUACGUUUCACUCGCUGGGAUCUACAUAUUCACCGUAUUGAACUCCCUUCAAGGUGUAUUUAUUUUCCUGUGGUCUGUGGCGAUGGCCUGGUCAAAAUCUCAACCUGAAAAUAACUCAUCAAUCAGAGACUCUUCCUCUCAGAAAAUGAUGACUACUAGUUUCAACAGCAGAAACUGAAAAGACUAAUGCAUUAUCCAUGACCUAUAUUAGGUGUUGCGCUUCUAUUGAUAUGUAGUUCAGUAUUACCAAUAGGGCUGCCACGAUUAGUCGACUAUCAAAAUCGACGAC